AUGUCGAAAGGGAGGCUCGACCCGACGGCGUUCCUGCUCCGUUGCAGAAGAGCCUAUGCUACCGCGCCCAGUCCCAAACGACCACGUCCCGCGACAGCACCAAAGCAGACUCCUCCACUAAGGCAGAUUCGAGACAAUGUCGAGCUCUACGAAGAAAAUACAGUGGUGCGGAACUACCGCAGCCACCAGGACGUGCCGGGGAAAGUCGCAGACAACCUUAGGAAGAUGUUAGAGUUGGACGAGCGCAUGCGACGGCCUCGAGAAGAUCUGAAUGACCUACAAACCUUAAUGUACCGGAAAAAGGGUGAUCGAGACGAUAUCAUUACUCGAAUGAAAUCGCUCAAGCUGGGCAUUGAGGAAAUGGAAUUUGAACAUGCAGCGCUGGACGCAGAUGCUCAAGCAAUGGCUCUAUCUUUGCCUAAUCUGACAUCUUCGGAGACUCCGACGAACGGCGAACCCAGGUUACACUCCUAUAUCAACUACGACCCGGAGAAUCCUCCUUCUUAUGACAGUUCGGCCGAUCAUGCACUUAUUGGUGAGAAGCUCAAACUCAUUGAUUUCACAUCAGCGUCCACAACAUCCGGAUGGGGGUUUUACUAUCUGCUCAACGAGGCAGCGCUGUUGGAGCAGGCCUUGGUCCAGUAUGCCUUGUCCGUUGCGUUGAAACACGGCUGGUCCGUCGCGACUCCACCUUCUCUUGUCUACUCACAUAUGGCUGCGGCGUGUGGGUUCCAACCGCGAGACCAGAAUGACGAGCAGCAGAUUUGGCAGGUAGCCCAGGCUGAGAAAGAUGUUGGGAAGCCGACUAGAAGUUUGGCCGCGACUGCGGAGAUCCCGUUGGCUGGUAUGUACGCAGGGAAACCCAUUCGCGAGGAGGAUCUACCGGUCAAGCUGGUCGGUCCCAGUCGAUGUUUCCGCGCCGAAGCCGGUGCCCGAGGGGUCGAUACGAGAGGUUUAUACCGCGUGCACGAGUUCACCAAAGUCGAGAUGUUUGCGUGGACGAAUUCUCCCUCCAUCAGUGACGGUCUGCCAAAAGAGGCAUUGUGGACGAAGGAUUCCACAGAGGUCUUUGAUGAGAUGGUCGGCAUCCAGACGGAGAUACUGGAGUCACUUGGCCUCCCAUGUCGCGUCCUUGAGAUGCCGUCUUCAGAUCUGGGUGCUAGUGCGUACCGUAAAAUCGACAUUGAAGCCAUAUUCCCGUCGCGGAAGGGGAAGGACGGCGGCUGGGGAGAACUUACCUCAGUCUCGAUCUGCACCGAUUACCAAAGUCGGAGAUUGGACACCAGGAUUCUGGAGGCGAGUGGAUCGAGGAAGAAGUUUCCUCACACUGUGAAUGGCACGGCGAUGGCUGUUCCGAGAGUGCUAGCUGCCAUCUUGGAGAAUGGAUGGCGGGAGAAGGAGGGUUGCGUCGUUAUACCUGAAGUUCUUAGACGGUACAUUGGUGGCAUGGAAACGAUCGGGGUCGGGGGAAAAGAUUGGUCCGCAUUGACGAAGAUCUAA